CUUCCUGUAAAGUGGGACACCCAUACAGACAGUAAAAUAAGGGGACAUCCAGCGGCUCCAUCCAAGCAGGACUACAACAGUACCGCGUCCUACUUUUAGACGAUUGAUUCCAUUUUACAGCUCAGGCAGGAAACGGAUGCUUUUUAUUGCAGCGUCUCGCCGGGAAUAAUGUAACGGACAUCUCGGCUGAACAGUUAGUGUGAGUGUUUCAGUGAUUGUGUUGUUAUGGAGUGCGGAAUCAGUGGAGAUCAGAUGUGCUGCUGAUACAGACGUCCACCCACAAACAGCGCGAUCUCCGUCUACUCUCACACCACACUCAGAUACAAAACAUGGCCAGACAUCUCAUCUGCUGUCGGAUUUGGGCUCUAGUGGCUCUUUUCUACUUUGAACAAGCACUUUCUUUUAAUCUGGAUAUUAGCAAACCCACAGUUUUCGCUGGACCUCCAGGAAGUUACUUUGGAUUUUCCGUGGCUUUCUUCAAUCCUGACAACAAACAGUUAAACAUACUGGUCGGUGCACCCAGGGCAAACACAUCUGAUCAAACCCCGUCAGCAGUCACUGAAAGGGGCGCUGUCUUCAGCUGUCCCUGGCAAAAAAGUGGCUCAUGCACCCAGAUUGAGUUUGACAGCACUGAUGACAGGAAGAAUUCCAAUGGACAGCAAAUGGAGUUCAAGUCAAAUCAAUGGUUUGGGGCCACUGUGCGUUCCUCUGGGGACCAUAUUCUGGCAUGUGCUCCUCUCUACCAGUGGAGCACGUAUGGAUUAUCAGAGAGAGAGCCUGUUGGGACAUGUUACCUGAAGAAAGGCAAUAGCAUUGUGGAAUAUUCACCCUGCCGCUCUAGCUCAAACUCACCUGAGGGACAAGGCUUUUGUCAAGCAGGUUUCAGUGCUGACUUUGUGAAGAAGAAUCGGGUUGUUAUUGGAGGACCAGGAAGCUUUUAUUGGCAAGGUCAGCUGAUCUCAGAUGACAUCACUGAGGUCAUCGGCAGAUAUAAUAAGGAUUUUUUUACUCCUUACGGUAACCAGUUAACAACCAAGUCAGCCGGAGCCCAGUAUGAUGACAGUUAUUUGGGUUACUCUGUGGCCAUUGGUGACUUUAACGAUGACGGUGAAGAUGAUUAUGUCACAGGAGUUCCUAGAGGGGAGAAGGCUCUCGGUUAUGUCAACAUUUUUAAUGGGAGGAACAUGGAGUCUGUGUAUAAUUUCACAGGCACUCAGAUGGCUGCUUACUUCGGUCAUUCUGUAGCAGCUGUUGACAUCAAUAAUGACAGGAAGAUGGAUUUGUUGGUGGGAGCUCCUCUGUUCAUGGACCGUGGGUCAGAUGGGAAGCUGAGGGAGGUUGGUCAGGUCUAUGUCUACUUAGGCAAAGGUGGCUUCACUUUCAACAAUGCCAUCAAACUCACUGGUUCUGAGAUCUAUGCUCGAUAUGGAAGCUCCAUCUGCAGCCUGGGAGACCUCAACAUGGAUGGAUAUAAUGAUGUGGCCAUUGCUGCCCCAUAUGGUGGGCAGUUCCACCGUGGCUUGGUGUACAUUCAUAACGGGCGUCCCACAGGGCCCAAUUCUGUGGCCUCUCAAGUUCUGGAAGGAACAUGGGCGUCUGCUUCCAUGCCUUCUAGCUUUGGUUACUCCAUGAACGGAGGCACAGAUGUUGAUCAGAAUGGAUACCCUGACCUGGUUGUUGGGGUGUUUGGCGCUGACAAAGCUGUUCUGUACAGGGCUCGUCCAGUCAUCAGCGUGAACACCACACUAGAUAUCAGCCCACAGAUCCUAAACCCUGAAGACAAGAGCUGCACCCUCCCUGGUACAACCACCUCAGUUUCCUGCUUUACUGUGAAAUACUGUCUGAAAGCAAAUGGCAAGGGAGCACCAUCUUCUCUUUAUUUCCAAGUGGAUCUGACCCUGGACCGUCUCAAACACAAGGGAGCCAUCAAACGGGUGCUGUUCCUCCAUAACAAGCUGUCUCAGUAUUCAAAGAACAUGACCGUCUCCAACAGCCAGGGACCGGCCUGCGAGGAGCUUCAGGCUUAUUUAAUAGAUGACUCCGAAUUCAGGGAUAAGAUCACACCCAUUUCUGUUUUUAUGGAGUACAGCUUGAAUUACAAAGCAGCAGCAGAUAAGACCGGCCUGUUGCCCAUCCUUGACCAGUCUGCACCUACAAAUGUCACCAAGCAGGCUCACAUACUCCUGGACUGUGGCGAAGACAAUAUUUGCAAGCCAGACUUAAAACUGUCUGUUGUGAGUGACCAGAAAGAGAUCUACAUAGGUGACGAUAACCCCCUGACCCUAGAGGUCACAGCAGAGAAUGGAGGAGAGGGGGCAUAUGAGGCCGACCUUACCGUCACCCUACCAUCUCAGGCAGAUUUCAUUGGGGUUGUGCGUAACAGUGAGACAUUGUCUAGACUUUCCUGUGCCUUCAAGAGAGAGAAUCAGACCAGAGUGGUGGUUUGUGAUCUUGGGAACCCAAUGAAAGGAGGAACUAAGAUAAUAGCAGGACUGCGCUUCAGCGUGCACCAGCUCUCUGAACAGGAUACAGAAGUCAAGUUUGACUUGCAGAUACAGAGCUCAAAUCAGUUCAACAAUACCAGCAAUUUGGUCUCUGUUGUGACCAAGCUUGCUGUGCUGGCCAAAGUGAAAUUAAGAGGGGUGUCUGCACCAGAGCAGGUGUUUUUACCCAUCGCUAACUGGCAGCCAAAAGAGAAUCCUGUUCUGGAAGAUGAUAUUGGUCCUCUUGUACAGCACAUCUACGAGCUGAGGAACACAGGACCCAGUACUUUCAGUAAGGCCAUUUUGGAUGUGGAGUGGCCAUACAGAUUCAAAAAUGGCUCUCUGCUCUACAUCACCAAGUUUGAAGUGGAAGGAAACAUGAAUUGCAGCUCAGACAGAGAGAUCAACCCACUUAAUGUCACUAAUCCCAGAUUUAUUGACAAAAAUGAGACCUCUGCCAGCGGAGACAGAUCUGAGGGGAGGGACAGACACAGCGUCCACCGCAGAGACCUGGAGGACAAACAAGGGGAAGAGAACCUGGAGAUUCUGGAUUGUGUGAAUAUGGAGUGUCAGAAGAUUAAGUGUUGGGUCGGUCGGCUGGAGAAAGGCCAGAGUGCCAUUCUAUUUAUUCACUCCAGACUCGCUGUGAGCACGUUUCUCAAGGCUGAAAGUCAAAACAAAUCAUACAGUGUUCGCUCCUCGGCAUCCUUCAAUGUCAUUGAGAUGCCAUAUAAAAAUCUGUAUUCUGAGCUUCCAGCCAGCAAAACAUCGGCCUCUCUCAAGGUGAUCUGGAACUCAGAGAACCCUCAGCCUGUCCCAGGAUGGGUGGUGGCUCUGGCGGUCCUGGCCGGACUUCUGCUCCUGGCUCUGCUCAUCUUUGUCAUGCAUAAGAUGGGCUUUUUUAAACGUGUGCGUCCGCCCCAGGACGACAGCAUAGAGAAAGAGCAGCUUCAGCCUCAGGAGAACGGAGACCGAAACACAGAAGCCUGAGCUCUUCAUCUUCACUAGUCUAUUACUAGCCGACUCAAUAAUGCCACAUCAGCAGCAGUGUGCCUGAUUUACAGUACAACACAUCCUUCAUCUUUAUUAGCAGGUCAGGCAGACAGCCCUGCUGAGCGAUGGCUGUCGUCAUUUGAAUGGUACACAGCUGAGGUGGUCUGAAUAACCAUGAUGCUCUGUUAAUAGGACUAAAGCCCCCUGCGCUCCUGUCCUUCUUUAACUGCACUGAGUCUUAAGACGAGAUUUGAUUUUCAAUGGGGUUUAGAGAAUAAUACAUUAAAAAUCAUAAUACAUUUUAAACUGUUUACAAGUAACAAAAAUAAUAAUGGUAAUGAACCAUAAUACAAAAUGAGAUCACGAUUUUUACUUUGAGAGAUGUGAGGUGGUUUGGUACAUCAUUAGAUUGCUGGUUCUGCUUCUUCUGUGGGAGAAAUGCUCAGUUUCUGCUGUUUGGGGGAUUUCUGUAGGACUUUGGACUUUUGUUUCUUAUCUUUUCUUUGCAGUUGUUUCAGCUGUUGGGAUUUAAUUUCUUAUUUUGGCGUAAGGUGUAUUAUUUUGAGAAAAUAUUCUUAUGUUUGUCUACUGUAAGCACAUGAUUUUAGGGCAGGGUUGUGUUUGUGCAUUUAGAGCAUUUUGUAUUAUAAAAAGAAACAAUAAUAUCCUUGCACAAUAGAGCAAUAAAAUGGUAGCAUUUUCGUAUUUUGAAAACUAUCCCUUAUGGACAGAGCACCUUUAUUAGAAUAUUUUAACCCCCCGCUAGUUUUAAUAUUCCUCCUGGUCAAAAGUAUUUUUUUAUUGAUGAAACGCUAGUCUUUUUUUAAAGGUCUCUUUUACCCAAAUACAUGUUGAUUGGAAUAGGACAAAAUCAAUUUAGUAUGAUGUAUACUGAUUAAUAUUAAUUGAUAAAAAUAAAACUGAAGCUGGAAUCCUUAACAGUAUUGGUCUUUUUAAAAUUGUCUUGUUAUAUUGAAAAUGGUUAUUUAAUUAAUGAUUUUGUAAGGUUGCGGUUCAUAGUUACUGGUCUUAAUUUUGACUUCAGAUAUACUGAAAUACAUAACCUAUAACACUGAAGAACAAGAAAAAAAAACCUGGAUUUCUUAUGUUGCUGUAUUAUUGUAAUGCUGCUGCCCAUAUGAAUUUACCCAUAUUGGGUUCCCAUAAAUAUGUUGUCUAAAUGAAAAAUUCUACACAUUUAUAGUUCAAUCAAAAUUAUGCAUUUUGCAAAAAUAAAAUGAUCCAGAAUAUAUUCUCAUGUGAAGUUUGUAAAAAAAUAAAAUAAAAAAACCAAUAGAACAUAAUUAUAGGAACAAAAAUAUGUAUUUUUGAGAAUCUACCGUGUUUAAAGAUGAUCACUGACUCUUGACUUUAUUUUUGACUUUCCUUUUCUUUUUUCCCCCACAAUUUUGUUUAGCAAUAUGUUAAUGCUUCUGUAAUUCAAUAAACACAUAUACUGA